GUGAGCAAGGUAUAUUCAGUCACGAACAAGAACUUGGCAGCAGAUAGAAACGGAUGAAUAUGGCGUACGCGGAUUACGACCGAAUGAAGGAGGUGAAGGAGUUCGAUGAGUCCAAGAUGGGCGUCAAAGGUCUCUCCGACUCCGGCAUCACUUCCAUCCCUCGUUUCUUCAUACACCCGCCCCAAACCCUCUCCCAACUCAAAUCUUCAUCUUCAUCUUCUUCCUCUUCCUCCUCCCCCGGAAUCCCUAUGAUAGAUCUUUCCAACUUGGACUCUCCCCAUCACCGUCCGAAGAUCGUGGACCAAAUUCGAGAAGCCUCUAAGACAUGGGGUUUCUUUCAAGUGAUCAACCAUGGUGUAGCCGUGUCCGCAUUGGAGGAGACGAUCAACGCUAUCAAGUCUUUCCACGAGCAGCCACAGCAAGUGAAGGCGAAGCACUACGUGCGUGAGGAGGGACGCGGCGUGAUGUACGCCAGCAACAACGAUUUGUACCGAUCGGAGGCCGCGAGCUGGCACGACUCUCUUCAGGUGUGGAUGGCACCACAGCCGCUCGAGGUUGAGCAGAUUCCGGAGAUAUGCAGAAGGGAGGUGGUUGCAUGGGACACGCAUGCCAAAACGGUUGCUGAGAGUGUGAUGAAACUGUUAUGCGAAGGAUUAGGGUUAGAAUCCGGCAAGUUUAAGGAGUUGACUUUUUCUAAUACUAGGGUUUUGGUGGGGCACUGUUAUCCCUACUGUCCACAGCCUGAUUUGACGAUGGGGAUUAUAUCUCACACUGAUCCGGUGGUGUUGACAGUUUUGUUGCAGAACCAAGUCCCCGGGUUGCAGGUGAAGCAUGGGGAUGAAUGGGUGGAUGUAAAGCCUGUUCCUGGCGGGUUGAUUAUCAACGUCGGAGACUUUCUCCAGAUAGUGUCGAAUGGUGAGUACAAAAGUGUUCAGCAUCGAGUGUUAGCCAAUUCCUGUAAAGAGCCACGGAUCUCGAUUGUGAUGUUCUUCAACUUGGCGAAAUGGAAAGACUCUGACUCUUAUGGACCUCUACCAGAGUUGCUUUCCCCUGAAAAACCUGCAAUUUAUAGCAACUUUACACAGAAAGAAUACAACGACAACUUCUAUGGCAAGGGACUAGACAGCAAGUCCUUCAUCGAUAAGAUUACAAUAUAAAAUUACUAUCAUUAUGUGGUAAUAGAUUUGGUAUUGCUGUCAUGUGGGUUUUCACAUUGUAAUUGUGGAAAAAAAAAAUUAUGAGCUUGGAGAUUGUCCCCAACUAUGGGAUGCUUUUUUCUUUGUCUUGUAAAAUUAUGCUUCAAACCACGUCUGUUACUAGGGGCGUAGCCAGAAAAGUGGUUUUCCCACUACCUACUAUAUUUUUAAAAUUUCGGGGGGAGUACCUUGCUCCGUCCACCAA